UUGGACAAAUCUGUGCAGAGAAAGAAACACCAUGGAGCUUUGGUCUCUGAUGCAGCUACUGCUCCUGGGAAUACUGUUCAGUGCAGCUCAGGGACAAGGAGAUGAACUCAGCUCUGAAGAGGAACGAAAAGCUCUGAUGCUCAAGCAUUUGGAAGAAGUCCUAGAGUUGUCCGAAAUGACUGAUCAAGAGGAUGCUCAGGAGGUGUUGACUGAAGUGAAGGAGCCAGAUGGCAAGGAGAAGCUUGACAAAUUGACCAAGAAGGAAGAACUUGAAGAACAGGUUCUGCAGCCUACCCAGCCAUGGAUGCCAUCUACAGCAGCCCCAUCGGAGGAAGAGGAUAGCUUCACUUAUGUCUUAUCACGGUUGAACAGUCUUGAGGCAGCAGUCCACCGUCUCAACGUGCAGUUCUAUCACAUGGAUGUGCGAGUGUCACAAUUCUCCCAAGGUCUGGCUGAAUUGAAGGGGGGCCUAGCUGAGGCUAGUGAGUCACUUGCCUCUCUGAAUGAAGUUGCCACACGCAACCAGAAAGAACUUGGACGUAUUGAUGGUUGCUUGCGGGGCCGGCGCACUCAAACUAAAUGCUUCCUGAUCUUCAAGCACUUUGAAGUCUACAAUGCAGCCCAAAAACUUUGUGAAGCCAGAGGAGGGCAUUUGGCCAUGCCAGUGGAUGAUACUGAGCUGGCUGUCCUGCGGCGCUAUCUUUAUGAUGCUUUUCAGCCCUACAACUGGCCAGCCUGGAUAGGCAUCCACGACCGGCGUUCUGAAGGGUUGUGGCUUUUUGAGAAUGGCCAACGUGUCUCUGUCUUUGAUUGGUAUCGAGACCAUCUGGUGACUCAACCCAAUGGUGGUACCCGCGAGAAUUGUGUCUCCCUCAGCUCGGAUGAUGGGAAAUGGUGGGACAAUGACUGCGAAAGACGCAUGUAUUACAUCUGUGAAUAUCGCCUCUAGUGUUGUACCCCUUUUCAAUGCUCAGUCCCUGGUGGUUUUGGUUGCACUGGUACCCUUUCACUACUAGCCUGUGGGUGCAGUAACAGCUAAAAGUUCUGGACAUUCCACCCCUCCCCAAUUUUAUACAUGGAUCUAUUAGCUUUCCCUUCUUCACCUGCCAUAGCCUCAGCCUAAUACUCUUUAAAUAUGAGGAAUGGCAGCUUCCUGGUAUUUUUGUUCUCUACAGUCUGCAGAGAAAAUGGGGGAAAAUUUUGAUUCUUUUAUUAAAGUAGGUAACAUAUUUGGUGUCUAAAAGGAUUAAGCCAUGUUUUACUUUGGAAGUCUCUUGAAAAAAACUAAAAAGGGUACUUGGAGCCCAUCCUUCUUUGGUGACAUUCCUGAAUCACUGGCACGCCCUCUGCGGGCCAUGAAGGACAAUUUUUUGGAAUGCAAGGCUCCUGGUGGUGGUGAUGAUAAAUCACUUAUUUAGCCCUAAAGCAAAAAGAAAAGAUACAUAAACUGCCUUUUGCUUCUUCUUUAGUGCAUAGUAAAUCUGCAGUAACAGUUGAAUAGGAAAUAGUAUUCAUUAGAUGCCAAAGCCAGGAAAAAAGCCUAGAAUCUAAAUCUGUAUUGAAAAUCCUCUUAGUUUACAAUAUACUGCGUUCAUUGAUAACAUGGAGAUAGCAGAGUCCACUCCUCACUGGACCUCUUCAGGGUUGAUGAAACUCAAACUUAGUUGGGCUCAUUGUCUUGUGAAGGGUUAGGCCUUUGUCCUUACCUGAGUUAACUGAUCCAAGUAUAGUAUUAGCAUUGGAAGAAAAAGUCCUUGUUGUGUCUUUGGAGAGCUUCUUUCCUACAACCCUGCAGUUGGGAUGGAAAAGAUCUUUAUCCUGUAUGAUUUGGAUGGGUCAUCUGAUGCUGCAGGACUGCAUGCAGCUCCUAAACCAGGGGUCUUCAAACUUGGCCCUUUUAUGACUUGUGGACUUCAACUCCCAGAAUUCCUCAUCCAGCAUGCUUGGCUGAGGAAUUCUGGGAGUUGAAGUUCACAAGUCAUAAAAGGGCCAAGUUUGAAGACCCCUGUCCUAAACCCUUUUUUGAAAAGCUGCUUCCAACCACAAUUGCUUAAAUCAGCCCUAGUGUUCUGACCUUUUGAGGCACAAAACAAAAUGUGAUCCCUAAAAAGGAUGAACAAAGAAAUUGCCCUACACACUCCCUUAAAGCAAGGGAGAGGUGGGAGGGGGUGGGAACAUCCAUUCAUAUGAUUCAAUCAGACCUAUUUUGUAUCAUUACCCUACUCUUGAAUAUAACACUGCCAACCCAACAACAUGCCAUGGCCGGAUUAACAUAAUUAAAUCAAUUUCAUUAAAAAAAAUUUACACAAUAGAAGAAAUUACAACUAAUUCUACAUUUGUCAUAAAGACUGAAAAUGAUGCAACAAGGAUUCAUAGCUUUCUGAAAGCAGGAUGAGGAACAGAUAAUUUGUUUCUAGAUAUUUAAUACAAUUACCCCAGAAGUAAAAGCAAAAUCAUGUUGGACUUGAAAUCCUGAUGCAUUAAUGUAGCUGAUGUUUCCCAUUCUACCUCCCUAUCCCCCAUGGUUUGCUACUGUUUUCUGCUGGGCUAUUUUUUCAGAGUUCCUGUUAUUCACCAGACCUUGUCUUUCUAGGUGACAUCUAAGUAUUAAGUACAGCCAACACUGCUUAGGUUUCUAAAUCAGCCACGGUUGGUUAGACACUGUCACUUGCUGAGAAUCAUAUUCUAUUAGUUGUAUCAAAUCGGGGUCAUACUAAGAAAGAUGAUGUCCAACAGCUGUUGGGCCUCAUAUCACCCACUAGAUGCUACCAAACUACAACUUCCAUUAGGAGCAGGGCAAUCAUGAGAUGCCAAUCAGCAAUUGUAAAAAGCCUUAUGUACCACCACUACCCCCCCCCCAGCAUUAGGAAUAAUAUUUGUCCUGGCUUAAGCAUCAACUUUCUUGUGGCAUUGGCUUCUAUAAGGCAGCUUGACUUCCCUUUUGGCACUAAUAAAAAAAACAAUGGCUAGUAAAUACUCUGAUUAAUAAAGGGAUAGCCAUGAACAAUUCACCAGAUGUGAUCUGUGGACAGGCUAUUUUUGGAACUGCUAUGAGGCAGCUCCAUAAUUUCUAUUAUUCCUAGCCAAGUUGAAGAAAUGUUGGAUGAGACUAGCAACUAAAGCCAACAGAACUGGAUGAUAAAGUUAGAGGGUAAUGUCUUAUUCAUAUUGAACAAGGCCAGAGAGGGAUGUUUUCUAUAAUUUUUAGCUCUACCGCAUCCUUGGCUGUUGGUGCUCUAAAGAAUCACCAUCUGGGAAAAAAAAAUUCUUCAGUUUUCCCCCACCCCUAUCUUAGUAUAAGCAUCAUCAUCUUUUUAAAAAAUAAAAUACCUUUUAUUUUCUUGUUGCUCUUUGAAUUACCCCCCCCCCCCAAAAAAACUAAAUAAACUCAAUUUUAAAGUGGAGAGGAAGAAGGGUCCCGGCUGUAUAAACCUGUCUUCAGCUGUUCCUCUUUCAUUUGAUAAUCCUGAACUUUUUAAUGUGUGCAAAUAGGAGGAGGGGGUUAGGAUAGGAGAGAAAAAGGAAGGCAUUACAUAGGGAAGGGCAUGAUCAAGAGGCAGUGAAAAGUCUAAUGGCUAAGGCACCAAGCUAUAAAGUGGGAGACUGUGACUUCUAUCUUAGCCAUGAAAACCAGCUGGGUGACCCUGGGAUAAUCAUUCUCUCAGCCCAACUUAUCUCACAGGUGGGGGAAAUAGAAGGUUGAAUGAAUUUGCCACCUUGAGUUCUUUGUAAAAAAUAAUAAAGGCUGGGUAUAAAUAAAAUUGAA